CGUUGUCAUGGCAACGAAUAUUGUUUGAUGACAGUCUAUGAAUCUACAUUUUGAUUAAAAUUGAAAUAUGUUUAAAAAAAACCUUUAAAAAAUUACAUACAACAUUUUAAAAGUCAAAUGAUUAAGCUUAUUACUUAAUUUAAGAAAUUUAUUAAGGUAAAACUCAACAAAUAUGGACGCAGUAGAUCUUAUAGCACGCGAGAAUGAAUUUAAGAAAUUGAACAAACAAUUAGAGAAGAAAACGGAAAGUUUAAUGAAAGAAAUUGAGCAUGUUAUGCAAAAACAAGAUAUAUUUUCAGAAUUCUCUCACAGCCUCACAUUAACGCCUACACACAGACAAACAAAGAGUCAUUGCUGUGAAACACAAACAUCAACACCGACCAAAGAGGUCCAAAUCAAAAAGAACAGACCGCUAAGUAAAAGUAAAAAAGAACAAAAUUCAAAUUUAGAAAGUGAAAGUCCAAAAAGUUUUGAAAAUGGAAUACAAGAAGUCACAGAUACAGACAAAGUUAAAGAAGUAACUUGUAGUUGUUGUAUUUUGUCUAAAGGUAGAGAAAGUAACAAUGAUUUGGAAUUUAUGUACGCUUUUGUAUCGAUAAAUGUUAAGGACAAUGUGCUGCCGCAGUCAUUUUUAAAAGAUAAAAUAACGGUUGAAAAUGUGUGUAAAUUCUUGUCUGCCAAAGUGAAACUGAUGCAGGAACAAAUAGACAAGCUUCAAGGAACCAUAGACAAGAAGAUAAAACAGUGUGAAGGACACAUGACACAUAUAGCGGAGUUGGAGAGUGAGCGUAUGGCGCUUAUCAACAGAGCCAAUAGUAUGCGUUCCGAAACAGCCGAUAUGAAGGCGAAGUAUGCGGUGGUACAGAAUCGAUUGAAUGAGAAAGAUCGUCUCUAUAAAGAACAGAGAAGCAACACAGAUAAACUAACAUCCGAAGUGAAAAAUCUUAAAAGUAAAAACAUAAGCCUUGAAGCGAGAUGCGCGUCCCAAGAGGAAACUAUAUCUAAUCUCAAACAGCAACUGGAAAUAGCGAAAAUGACGGAAAAGGAAUAUCGAGAAUCAACCAGAACAUUAUCGUCGUCCCAUCAAAACUCCAUAACACGUUUAGAAGCAAAAAUAAAGACUUUGACAUCUCAAACAGAUAAACAAAACUCCCUCAUAGACAAUCUGAGGAGACAGAACGCUCUCUUACUGACAGAGGGCGCUGUUAGGGCGUUAGAAAAAGAAUAUUGUGAAUUUUUAAGUCAAGACUUGUAAAAUAUAUUAUUGAAUAAAAGUUAUUUGAAUUUUC